AUUUGAGGGUACCGCAUUCCAUUUACAGGGAUGCUGCGCGUCGGCUUCCGCGGAGCUCGUGGCGUCCACGCCAAGGCGAUCCCGGCCGUCGCGCUCAAGCAACACAAGAAGACGCUGACGCCCGACAAGUUCAAGGCGCUCUCGCUGGCGUUCCUGGACAAGGUCGAGGCGGCGGUCGCGCCGCUCCUGCCGCCCGUGAACGAGAACUUUGUCGUGCAGCGCACAACGUCGCCGCCCAAGCUCGUGCUCCAGACAACGACGCAUGAAUUCGAGAUUGCUGUGCUCGCCAAGCCGCAAAAAAUCGAGUUUACGUCGCCGAUCUCGGGCCUGCGCACGUACAUUUACAACGGCAAAACGCAGCGCUGGGAAGACGAGACCGACCGGCACGACGUCGAAGGGCUCCUCACGCGCGACCUCAUGCGCACGUGCACGGGCAUCCCGACGUUUUAAAAAGCACGUUAGCAAAAUCGCUCGCAAUUGCUUCUUUCGGUGCAUUAUGACAGAAUGCGCGUCGUUGAUUGGCCG